UUUCCUGGGAGUUGCAGGUGUAGAAGCAGGAAGGCAAGAGGGGAGGGAUGAGAGAAUAUCUCUGUGCUUACGACGAAAAGCAAUAAAAAUUCAUUUUUGAUCACCUGUCGCGAGCUCUAAUAAAGGUACUCUGUGGAAAGUUGGGAGGCCAGUCUGGGGAAAGAGAACAGGUGGAAAGGCAGAGAAUCAAGGACCAGAUGUGGACAAAUUUCCUGUCAUUGUUGUUCUUAGAAGAUUGUUCGUUCUAUUGAGAGAAUUUUAUUUCAUCUCGGAUAUCUCUCUCACACGCGCUCUCUCUCUCUCUCUCUUUUAUGACCAGGGGAUCGAUGUCUUUCGAUCUACGGCUGCAUUCCUUGCCAAUGGGCAACACCAGAUGCUUAGGUCUUCUCCCUUAGUGCAUUUUGGUCCCAAAGGUUCGACCUUUGGUGGUGAGUGUGCUGGUUUUAGUGGCGGCGCUGUAGCCCCUUCGCUUGGCUUGUGGUGUGGCUCUUUGGAUAGCCACUGAGCUCAAACAGUCUAACGAGAGGACCCUCGGAAUUUGGUGUUCUUCCAUAGGGGGAGGCCCACGGCGUCUCCGAUUUUUGAGCUUCCGCGCGCUGACGCUGAAUCCUCUACAGCGAUUUUGGCAAGAUGGAUGAGAAGGGGGAUGCGAUGCGGCUGAGGUGGUGUGAUGCUGUCUGGUUUGGUAUCUCCGUGGCUAGAAAUUCUGAGGCUUUCUUCUGUUUGCAAUAUGGAUGAGUCUCGUCUUAUUGGUGCUGAAGCUCGAGGCUUGAUUCAGUUUUGAGGAAAAUACUUCCUUCUCCUCAGCCUGGUUUGGGUUAUUCUCAAUUGCUAAAUGCUGCAGUGCAUUUAGACCUCUUUGCAUAUAUUACUUGCUGCAAUCACAUCAAAGUGGCUGAAGUCAGUAGCUCAGUUAAUUGGAAUGGGUGCAAAAGUGCAGACUAAAAAUUACCUUCCGGUAUAUUAUUCAAUGCAUGAUUUCAUGGAGAAUCCAACAAGUAGUUGGUCCAGUUACCGUCAGGACAAGAGGUUAAGUGAGCACAUCUUCAACACUUACAUACCGAGGCUUGUGAAUGGAUGCUCAGAACAAGAUAAAGAAAUGUUAAAAUGAACAAUGCUUGAGCAUGAAGCUAUAUUCAGAAAGCAGGUAAAGAGAUAGUGCAGUCCAGAAGAUUUUGAGAAAAAAUUUAUGAACUCCAUCGUCUUUAUAGAAUACAGAAGGAUCUGAUGCAUGAGUCUCAAACUAGAAACUUUUAUAGAUCUUCAGUGCCAACAGAAGUAUCAUACUCAAGUUCUUUUUCAUCUCAAAGACAACCUGAAUAUACAGAAACAAUAUCAUAGAUGUCUCACUUUCCUGUAGGAGUCACCAGAUGGGGAAAUUUGCCUUGUGUGGUCAACGACAAGACCCAUCCUAGUUUCAAAAGAGAGGACCAUGCCCAUUCUGAUCAGAUUCCUUUUCCUGGUGGAGCUUCUCAAAAGGACACUGGUACUAGACUGUAAGCCUCAGAAAAGAACAUUUGACUUCCAACUUCCAGCUGAUGUAUACAUGGAUAUUGAAGAUAGAGAUGGAUCUCAGAAAAAGAAUAUUAUUGAACCUACAAAUGAUGCCACUAUUCCAAAGAAUGAAACUCUCGAUCUGCAUCCUGAUAAUGGCAAGAAGCUGACUUUACAGAGUGAUGAAGAAGUAAGCCAUCAGGUCUCAAAUUUAACAAAAUGGAAUUGUAGAUCAGCCUGUGUCAUGGUCGACUUAAAUAAACCUUCAACAGAUAUCUCUUGGGAAGCUCCAACAAACUCAGCAUCUAACCAAUUGUUUGGCAUGAAGCCUCACAACAAGUUGAAACAAGUUUAUCUGUCAUCUUUGAGCUCAAAUACUAAUUUCUUGGAUAGGCUUGAAGAUCAACAAACUUCUUUGCGCAAGGAUGUGUACUCAGAAGGAGAAUGGCCAUUCUUCAAUCAUGAAUCUGAAACAGGGAAAAAGGGGAGCUCAGUAGAUGACUUUUCUCGUGCCAAUAACAACAAUGAGCCAAACUUAUCUGAAAGGUUACAGUUGACUUCAAAUACAUGCUGUGAAGGUUCUCCGUGUGAUCGGAACAACCCUGAGACAUGGUCUAGACACAAACUAACUCUUGCAAUCCGGACAUCUCCGAUAUUUCCUUCAAUACCUACAAAUUUUAGCUUCCCAGGCUAACAUAACCAGUUGUCCAUCUUCAUUUGCUUCGUCUUGGAGAAAAUUUGCCACAAGCAAAAGCAACAUGUUAGUUACUGCUCAUGCACCUCCAUCCUUCAGGGGUUCAUCAUAUCUUAAUAAUGAGAACUUGAGUUCCAAUGGAAAUGCCCAAAUACCUAUUACUUAUUGUCGAAAAUGGCAAACUAGUAGAAGCUUGACCACAAGUCUAGGAACUGCUAAAACAGUCCCUUACACCAAUGUAACGGAUCCUAAUUCUGUUACCCAUCCAUACAUUACAUCUCGUAAGCUGGACCAGAUUAAUAAUCAUAAAGAAAAUUGUCAUGGUCAUUUACCUGGAUGCCCUGAAGAGUUUUUCCGUAGCAGAGAUUUGAAGACCUUGAUAGACCUGAACUUAAAUCAAGCGUUACCAAGUGGUAUGGAAGAUGUUAGUGCACUCAAGCAGGAUCAAGCCUGUUAUGAUGUUUGUAAUAAUUUUGCAGGUGGUGCAUCUUGUCAGAAUAUAGCAUCAAAUGGGCAUUCUAAGUUCAUUACCCCUAAUAUAGAGAAGAAAGGGGUAAAGGAGUUGGAUUUAUCUGCAUGCAACUUGCAGGAAGCCACAUCAGCCUUGCAGUUUACAUGUCAUAAAAUUCAGGGAGACAGAGAUUCUGAGAAAAAUGGCAAAAGAAUUAUUGGCUUUCCUAUUGAUGGUGUGAAUAAACAGUCCAGUAUGCUUGUUUCCACUGCAUAUAUGGAGAAACUUUUAGCUGACAAAACUAAGUUUACUGAAAAUGAUAACUGGAAAUUCACAAAUUUCUCCUGUGGAACAAAAAUAUUGAAUUUGCAGAAGAAAAUUCAAAAUGAUGAUUCUGCAACUGAAAUUGGUGGUGAAAUGAACAGUGAAAAGUUUAGGCCUCACAUUAAUCUGAAUGCUGAGUUUGCGUGUGCAGAUGAUUCUAUACCUUCAGAACCAAUAUCUGAAGGAGAGUUGGUGGUUCAGUCAUCACAUUCCAUAUCUAUUUUUGGAGCAAAAGAUGUUUCUGGCACUGAUAUUCAAACUUCCACUUGUCAGGUUGAAACUAACAUUAUGAAUCAAGAUAAACACAUUUCAUCAGACAAGAAAGAUGACUCAGAGAAACAGAAUUUCUGUGAUCAGCUAGCAAGAUUUGCUGCUGAAAAUUUAGUUGCUAUCUCUGUGGAUAGUAAUGGCUGCCACAAUAAUAUUGGCUGUAACCUGUUAUGCCUGCCCCAAUUUGAUACCUUGCGUUGGUUUGCAAAGGUUGUUUCGCAUAGUUCAGAGAAUCUUAUGCAGGUGGAUAAUGGUAAAAAUCAGUAUGCUCGAUCAAUGGAUGAUGAUAAUAAUUGGCAUGGUGAUCAUGAUGAUAAUGCUGGUGGUGGUUUGGAUCUGUUUGAGGCCAUAACAUUGGAACUCGAAGAAGUUAAGGUGGAUCAACAAUGUUGUAGAGCAAAAGAAAAUGAUGCCAAGGAUGACAAAGAAAAUGGGGAGGAAGUUAAAGGCCCAGAUUCAAUGCUCUUCACAAAGCCUCGGUGUGGCCAGGGAAAAAAGAGGAGGCAGAGGAGGGACUUCCAAAAGGAUGUCUUGCCAGGCCUUGCAUCACUCUCACGGCUUCAAGUUUCCGAGGAUCUUCAAAGUUUCUGGGGAAUGAUGAAACCAUCACGUAGGCCUUGGCAAGUAAGUUCAACAAAGCGAAACACUGACCAAAACUCCCAAAGAAAAGGAAGGAGACAGCAAAGGAGCAUGGUGAUUACAGUAGAGGAAGUUCAGGUCAUCCACCAUCAACCAUCACCACUUGGUAAUGCUGAAAUAGGUGUUGAUGGAAGCAGUAUGGUUGGUUGGGGAAGGACGACCAGACGAUGCCGGAGACGGAGAUGUCUCCCUGGAAAUCUUGUUGGCUCAUUAAGGUAAAUAGGAGCAUCAUAGCCAUGCUUAUUCUAUAGAGGGAAUCAGACUGGAUUGUUUUUCAGAUUAGCUUGUGCAUUCAAUAAUAAUUAACAUUGCUUCAUGAAACGGUGCAGCGAAUGCGAUUGAACUAAGGAGUUAAAAUUAGUUUGGUAGAUUCAAUGAGGUUGAUACCAUUGAGGUAAGCUGCUGAUGCAUGAACAAAGAGAUUUCUCAAACUGUUUGUCUUCUGUUUUCUCUGUUUC